AUGUCAGGAAGCGGUAGUGGAAAAUACAACGUAUCUGAUCGUAACUUGGGACUUCUUCAGGAACUGAUUGGCAAGGAUGCGGAGUCAUAUAAGGAGGAAUUUUUGGAGCAAUUUCAGCAUUACGUACAAACGAUAAAAUUGCUACAUCUUCAGCCAAGUCAACAUCGUAUGGACAUUGAGCCUGUGCUCGAAUUGAUCGGCUUUCUUUCACACGUAUCAUAUCAUUAUUCAGAAGAAGCGAAGCAGUUUGCUGAUGGCGUUAUCUCAUUACUUCGCAACCAGGGUGCAGGACUCGAUCCCGAGAUCCGAAUGGCGUUAUGCAAAGCAUUAGUGGUGCUUCGAAAUCAUAAAGUUGUUGCACCACUGGACGUCCUUCAGCUGUUUUUUGAUUUGGUCAGAUGCGAAGAUAAAUCUCUCAGGAAAUUUUUGUAUGGUGCAGUGAUAUCGCAGUUACGAAAAUUUGGCAAAGAGAAACGUGAUCAAAAACUGUUAAGCAAAAUGCAAUCAUUCCUGUUUGCAAAAUUGAAAGAUUCGCGUUCCAUUGUUGUUAGGACGGCACAAUUGAUCCUAAUCGAUGCAUACCGGAAAGAUCUGCUUAGGGACGCGAAGACUGUGAAUGCAGUGGCAGAGUGUUGCUUUCAUAGAGUUGCUAGAAUUCAGGCAGCCGCAAUGCGAUUCUUUCUUGGUUCACCAAAAGAUGAAGAAGGGAUCGAGGAUGAUAGUGAAAGCGACGAUGAAUUCCACAAUGAAGAAGAUCAGAAAACACUGAAAGAGGUAAUGUGUGCAUUCCGAGCGGCUAAGAAAACACGAAAGAAGACAAAAAAUUUCGAAAAAGCCAAAAAAGCAAUUAGUAAAGAGAAGAAGGCCAAGAAAGAAGGUCGCAGUAAAUUGUGUAAUCUGUUGGCGAUUCAAUCUUUGUAUGAUGCGCAGUCGUUAAGUGACCGACUGUUCGGUUGUCUCGAAGCGAAAAAGAACGAGAAAUUCGAGCUGCGUCUUUUGCAAAUGGCACUAUGUGCUCGAAUCAUUGGAGUGCAUCGUCUGCAGACGUUGGGAUUCUACUCGUAUCUUCAUCGCUACUUACAACCGAAACAACGAGAGGUGACAAGAAUAUUGCUGUAUGCCGCGCAAGCUUGUCAUGAGCUUGUACCACCGGACAUUGUCGAGCAAAUGGUUCGUGUGAUCGCGCAGAAUUUUGUUACUGAUCGAAAUACGCCUGAAGCGAUAACCGUGGGACUGAACGCUAUCCGAGAGGUGUUUACGAAUUGUCCGUAUGCUGCAACCGAGGAACUGUUACGGGAUCUGGCCGAGUACAAAAGAUAUAAGAACAAGAAUGUGUCAAUGGCGGCUCGUGGAUUAAUCACACUGUUUCGAUCGGUUAAUCCGAAAUUAUUGCACAAAAAGGAUCGUGGACGGCCUACUGAAGCGACGAAAGAAUUGGAAGUGCCUGAAUUUGGUGUUUCGAGAGUCAAGUCGUACGUUGUUGGUGCUGAAUGUUUGCCCGAGGAGCGUGAAGAUACUGGAGAAAUGGAGGUUAGACAUUCAAACGUUCGAUUCCAAACUGUUGACGACAUUGAUACGGAUUCGGAUGAUGGAUCGUGGGAAGAUAUACCUGAUUCUGAUGUAGACGAAGAGGUGCACCAUCAAGAAGGUGCGACAAAUAGUGGUGUAAAAGGAACUGAAAGGGAACACGAAGUUGACGAAGGUUCGGAAGGCAUCGAGUCUGAUGUUGAGGGCGAGUCUGCGAGUGACGGUAGUGAUGAGGAAGUGGUCGAUGAUGCUGACGAAUCAGAUAGUAAUGCUGACGAAACGGAGGAAAAAGAACGUGGCAAAAACGUCGGUGAACGAGCAGAAGAAACUAAAAGUAACUUGAAGGACGAGCACGAUAGAGGAUCGGGAAAACGAAAAAAAGUUCACUUCAAGGGCGUUGUGGACGAAGCGGACACGAAAGGUGAUGAAUUGUCAGCGGCUGAGAAAGCGCAGAAGAUCAGUGAAACACGAAUUUUGACGCAAGAGGAGUUCCGAAAGAUUCGAGCCUAUCAAAUGAAGAAACAAGUGGCAACAAAACGACAAAUAGAAGGAACGAAAAAGCGACGGAACGAUGACGUUAAACUGGACGAAGAAAUGGAAGAGAAAUUUGCGAGAGAAUAUUUCCGAUCAGUGAUCGCUACGGUGAAUAUGUCAAUGUUUUCUAGACGUGAUGAAGGCGACGGCUUGCCACGUCUCAAAGACAUCGAACAGUUCCAUAAGAAACUUUAUCGUCAUAGUAAAGAAGAUCGGAUUGCUUCUGUUGAGGCUGGUCGAGAGGGUAGGGAGGAGUUCGGGAAACCGAAGAAAAGGGGUGCUCAUGUUGGACGUACGAAUCGUGAAUUGGCGAAACGAAAAAAUUAUCAGAUGGUUCGGCAAAAGGUGAGAGGUAAAAACCGCAAACGCAGCUUCCGAGAUCAGCAGCAUAGUUUGAAGAAGUAUCUGCUGCGACAGGCUGGAAAGAAAGUUUGA